AUGAGUGUGUUAUUGCCUCCUCUAUCUUUUCUUUCUUUCUUUAUUUCUUUUGUUCGUUCUUUCGAUCUUUUUUUAUUCUUUUGUUCUUUCUUUCUUUCAUUCGUUUGUUCAUUCUUUCAUUCUUUCUUUUUUUCUUUUGAUUCGUUUGUUCUUUCUUUCAUUCGUUCGUUCUUUCAUUCGCUCUUUCAUUCGUUCGUUCUUUCAUUCGCUCUUUCUUUCAUUCGUUCGUUCUUUCUUUCUUUCAUUCGUUUGUUCGUUCUUUCAUUCUUUCUUUUUUCCUUUCAUUUGUUCUUUCUUUCUUUCAUUCGUUCGUUCUUUCAUUCGCACUUUCUUUCAUUCGUUCGUUCUUCCAUUCGUUCGUUCUUUCAUUCGCUCUUUCCUUCAUUCGUUCUUUCUUUCUUUCAUUCGUUUGUUCGUUCUUUCAUUCUUUCUUUUUUCCUUUCAUUUGUUCUUUCUUUCUUUCAUUCGUUCGUUCUUUCAUUCGCUCUUUCUUUCUUUCUUUCAUUUCGUUUGUUCGUUCUUUCAUUCUUUCUUUUUUCCUUUCAUUUGUUCUUUCUUUCUUUCAUUCGUUCGUUCUUUCAUUCAUUUGUUCUUUCAUUCGUUCCUUCUUUCAUUCGUUUUUUCAUUCGUUCUUUCUUUAAUUCGUUUAUUCUUUCAUUAGUUUGUUCUUUUUUUUUUACUUUCCCUAAAAUCAAACAACGCCUUUGA